AUGUCAAAUCAACACCCAAAUGGUUAUUCUGUCCGAGAUAUUAUACUCAGAUAUGAGUCGGAAGAAGAAGAAUUUGUCCGAGAACUUGAACAAAUGAUGGAACAAACUCUUGAAAAUGAGAAUGAAAUAGUCCAAGAUACAGAUGAAGGACCUCCGAUUCUUUCUGUUCUCUGCUCGUUGGUAGAUGAAAUUGGUUCACUUCGAACUGAGAAUCGUAGAUUGAAAACUCGUUUAGUACCAGCUCCUCGGAAUUCGAAAAAUGUAGUUCAGCGAAUGUCUGCUAUGUUCGAACAACGUGGAUCUUCAAUUUUUCCCAAAUUACGAAGAUCCAAUCGGUCGUCUGAAUCAAUGGAAAUACGGAAUGGAGCGAGAGAAAGAUUGUCAACUCCACCUAGAAAGGAGAACAAUUCAAUGACAACAUCUACAGAUGUAUCUUACGGGAGGAACGGAGCCCCUCCGAUCGUUCGACCUGAAUUGAGUGACAGUGAAAUCGAUGAACAAAUAUUUGAUGAAGAUGAUCAUAGGAGCAGGGAUACAACAAGAAGAUGUGAUUCAAUCAAUGUUCCACGUCAUCAGAAUGAUCAUUCAACUUCUGCGUGUACUUCUCCAUCAUCUGCAUCUUCUUCUAGAGAUCCAUCUGAAACAAUGACUACAAGUCGUUCCUCCUUCCUCGAUCUACUCGGACUUCGUCGACGCUCCACUCAUAUUCCUCAACCAACAUCUUAUUCAAAGACAACUUCCACGAAACAAGUUGUCAAGAAACGUCGAAGAAAAAUAUCAGGAAACGGGAAUGAUUCUGAAUCUUCAGGAAUGUAUGCAAAUUUGGAGGAUCACUGCUCUCGAGUUCCCAAUAAACCACCUCGUCCAGCGAGUUAUUAUCGGAGAGAUGAUAGCGAAGACUCCGAUUGUUUGAGACAAAUUAGACAACGGAAGACGGCUUCAUCUUUAAAUGUGAACAACUAUAGACAUGAAGAUAUGUAUCGAGUGAGUAAGGAAACUCAUUGGCAACAUGAAAAAGAUAAUUUGAUGGCUGAAAUUGAAGAAAUGAAAAUGAGGAAUCUUCGUCUUGUGGAGCAACUUAGAGAAAAGAGUCAACAGCAGAGUAAACUGCAAUGUCAGCUUCAUAAAGUAGAGAUGCAAGUAAAUACUUUGAGUAGAAGAUGUGCACUUUCUGAAGCAUUGGAUAGGCUUACUCUUGACGAGAGAAUGGAGAAAAGCGCAACAGUUUGGAUAAAGAAAAUUGAGGAGAGGCUACGAAUCUUUGAAAAUCAAAUGCAAAAUGCAAAACUGGAAGCUGCAACGGCUCAUCAAAUGGCAUUGAAUUCAAGUUGUCACGAGAAGGAAGCUCAUCAAAAUUGUCUUGAAAAGCUAGAAAAUCUUCAAAGAGAACACAUGAGAGUAAUUCAUUCAAGUCUCAUGGAAAUCGGCAUUGACGAGAUGAAUAUGAAGAGACGAUUGGAGAAUCUUCCGACUUAUGAAGCGUUGUAUGCAUUCACUCAUUCAGUUGUUCGAAGAUUGAAUGAAGCGAGAUGGGCGAUGAUUGAAAAAGCUAAUGAAGCUAGUAGAGCACAAAUUGACCUUAUCGUAUCUCAAUCUUCACAUCUCGUGAGUCUUGCUCAGCUGGAGAGGCUCAAAAUAAUGCAGACAUUGCGAGGAAAACGACAGAAGAGGCCUUCUUCAUUCCACGGACACAGUGUUUCAGAUCGAAAUGUUCGACAAGAUCUAAACUUCUACUUGCCACUGAAACUUCAUGGAUCAAGAGUUGAAAACUCGAGACGUACUAUCAAAAAGAAUGCAAUCGUUGCAAGUGAACGAAACAUUGAAGAAGAGUUUUUGAAACUUUUCUCUUAUUCAAAAGAUUUUUCGAUGGAGUUGGCAGCAAACUCGGUUGUUCCAGAGCGACGAGCAACUAAUCGUAUUGAGACAAUGAUAAGAGAAAUGAAUGGAAGACCAACUGUUAGAAGAGGUCCUUCUGGUAUAUCAAGUUCAAAUUUAAUGAGAGAUAGAGUUACAAGAGAAGUUCCAAGUAAUAGAAGACCGAUUAGUUUAGUUGAAACUGAAGAGAGAAGAAUUCGGAGAAAUGAGGAAACGAGAAGAAGUAUCAAGUUUAUAAAAACUAAUAGUAUUGAUCAUGGAUACAAUGCAUACGAACCGCCGGCUCCUUCUUCUAGAAUGAAUACGACAACUGUGACGUCAUCAGAUUUCUCGAAUAAUGCUCAUCAUAGUCCUCUCAAUACACCAGUUUUCACUAGAAGGAUAAUAGUACCAGUCAAAGGAAAUGCAUAUGAUAUUGUACCUGAGGGAACAACUGCCAACAUAACUCCAGCUAAUAUUCCACAAAUGGGAAGAGUCCGAAAAUUGGAGAGAGCGUUUUCGGCUGAAAGUAGGAACACUGUAGAUUCUCUUCAUGAAAGAGAAGAACAAAGAGAGCGGAGAGAUCAUGCCGAAGCGAAUGAACGGAGACAAAGUAAAAUUCAAAGAUCUCAGCCUGUGAGCAGGUUGAAGCAACCAUCGGCACAGUUGUCAAGAUUUAGAACAAUCGGAGAAAGUGUGAUAGCAAACCGUGAGCCGCCUAUCUCUUCUAAUCUUCGUCCUCGUACUCUCGAUCCAUCGACAUCAAUACCUCGAAUGACUACUUCUCCAACAGAUUCCAGAAUUCCGACACCCUCAAGUCGUCACGUAGGAGAGAAACGUGGAUGGUUGGAACGACUAAAAGGAAUCGGAAAAUUGUAG